GCUGUUUGCGGAACACGAUGGGGUGGGUGGCCAACACUACGCCCGACCGCCUUUGUCUUCCUCGCGGCGAUGUUUACACACCGCACCAGAUCGCGUCCACCUCAAGGAUCGCCGCGGAGGUAUGCAGACCCCGAUUCUCCUCCCGAGCGAGCGACAAGAACGCACCUGGGCACCUCACCCGCCGGCCGGAGCUGCCCGUCACGCGCACACAACAUGGCUUCGGGUCUGCCGACCCAUCACUCGGCGUCAUCGGAGCCCGCGGGCUAUCAACACCGAGAGGACGACGACGGCGGCGGUGGCGGACCCCUGCCCUACCACACUGCGCCGGGAGCUCAGUCGUGCGUCGUCGCGUCGGAGGACCAGGGCCACUGCUACUGGCAGGACCUGCUGUGUCUCGCCGAGGGUCAGGCAGCGAUGGGAGGCGCCUCCUUUGACGAGAGCCAUUAUCUGAAGAGCUCCUACACGGUGGCCGAAGAAGACUGCUUCCACGUGUCCCCCCUGUGCCUGCCCCACGACUUCCCCAACCACGCGCACUCCGGCAACAAUCCCAACCCGGCCUUCGGGAACGCCGAACACACCAGCCGCGUCAGCGCGGCACUGCCCGGCACGUUUUGCCCGGAGCCUCAGGCGUACGGCCACAGGACAGUCCAUCACGCCCCACCUCCCAGCUGCUAUGCGUCGAGCCAGAUGUUCGCUUUGAGCUCACACCAGCCCGAAAGCUCCCCGGAGGUCGACGGCCACUAUGUCGCGCCAGCCUCGGGGGGACACUGGGAGUUCGGCGUGACGACGGACGGCCUGGACCGCUCGCACGGGACCCUCGAGCCCGAUCAAGGAGCCGCCUUUCCCACGGCCCAGCGACACGAGGUCGCCGCUUCGACGAGCGGCGACUCGAGGUUCUCAUCCGCGUGCCUCCCAGGUGCCUCCCACUCGGUGGGGCCGUGGGGCGACUGCGCCGCCGCGUUGCGCAGAAGCGACGAUGAUGGCAUCGCCGCCGGCACCACCACGACAGCCACCACCUCCUCGUCCUCCUCAUCGCCGAGGCUCAGCAAAGACGAGCGCAAGGCGAGGUCCAUGAAGAUCCCGAUGUCCGUGUCGGACAUCGUGGCGCUGCCGGCCACCGAACUGGCCGAGCGGCGUUCGCGGCUGGCGCUGAGCGAGGCGCAGAUGAGCCUCGUGCGCGACAUCAGGCGGCGCGGCAAGAACAAGGCGGCGGCGCACAACUGCCGGCAGCGCAAACUCCAGGGCCUCGCGGGCCUCGAGGGCGAGCUGGGGCGGUUGGGGGCCCAGCGAGAGCAGCUGCUGCGCGAGCGCUGGGAGCUGGAGGGGGCCCUGAGGGCCACGCGCGUGCAGCUCCACGACCUGCUGCACGGCGGACACGUGGCGCCUGGCGGGCGCGGGGUAGGUGGACAUUUGGCGGGUGGCGUGUUCGCCCCGAACGCGAGCGGUGGUCUCCCCCUCGAGCUGCCCCAUUUUUCGCACGCGACUUGAGAGGGGUGCGCGCGUGUCAGAAUACAUUUGGGUUUUUUUUUUGCUUUACGGCCACGAUUGUUUCAGCCAAAAUUGUUUACUAGAUCCUACACGCACUCACCCACCCUUUUACUCACCUGUGCCCCCCUCUGAUGUGGCAGCAACCGCCACCUAAAUAUUACCUUGAUGUUCAGCCAAACAGGAGAGCACGUCUUCACGACGGGCUCCGUACAUCUUGAUUUCCUAUUUUCUACAUUUGCACUCUUUAACGCAACCGCUGUCGUUACAAGCCCGGGAAACCCAAAAAAGUCCUUCGGAUCGGGCCAACCGCAUUUUCUUCCCCAUUUCAUCCACAUCAGUAUUGUAAUUUCCACCACCCACCAAAAAUGUUUCUCAGUUAAUAUAUAUAUUUUAAAAAAUCCCUUAUAUUUUCUCCAACCCCACUUCCCAAAAAAAACCCUUUCCAAAAAUGCCCACCUCCAAAUCCAGUGCAUUCCAUUUGACGCGUUGCAAAUCCUACUUGUAUUACACACGUUCGGAGUAAAGCAGGAAAAUGGGAAGACAUUGCUUCCCUGUCGUGAAUGUGUGCAAGUUGUUGUCAAGCCAUUACAUGUUUAACCUAUGGAUGUUUACAAUGUCACAGUCCCAAUAUUUCAACCGGUGUUCAAUAAGUGGAAUAAAUUGUUACUUCCUUUCAUUUCGGUUUAAAGGGCACAGACAAGCAAUGAGCGUCACUCAUCUUCCAUGCGUGGAGUCGAACCAGUAGUUGGAACUCCACUUGCCUUUGGAAUUGAGUAGUCUCGUCAUCGUACCGUAAGUGCCGAUUUUCCAUAAAAAAAUAUGUAAAUUGUAUCGAACGCCAAAAUAGACCCCAUGCAGGGAUUCCGAUUGUAAAGUCCACGCGGCUGGUUCGGAAUCUCACAAUGUGUCUCCCGAAUGAAACCAAACGUCGGUUGUAUAACCAGCCUUCGUGACAACCGAGCUCAAUAAUAAAUCUGUGCAUCAAAAUCUGAUGCCCCGCUCACCCCACCAACAGAAAACGAUUGCAUAGUUAAAGUCAAAGAUAAUCGUCGAGAAUUCAAUGAUCAAAUACAUUAAUCUACUUCUAGUUGUUUGAUCUCACCAACCAAAAUGUAAUUUCAUUGUAUUGAUGGAAUAAAAUGCUACUUUAUCAAGUUCGUAAACGACGUUCAGCAAAAGUGAAAACGCGACGAGUGUUAAAACGAU